AUGAAUGACAUCGUAUUUAUCAAAGGCUCCUUAUCUAAUUGUUGUUCCAAAAUUGCAAAUCAGGAAACUGGAGCUAAAGUACGAGUUUGUGGUACCAAGGCAGAUUCGCAAGAGAAUGUUGAAAUCAGUCCGUCUGAUGGAAAUGGAAUCCAUGGUGCUUACGAAGAGUUGUUUGUUCACGUAUCAGCUGACACGUAUGAGAAAGUUGAUGCUGCCAUCGCUCUAAUUGAACUGCUAGUUUCAGUAAACCCUGCAGCUUCUUCCACAACUUCUACUGCUGUGUCUGGUGAUAAUGUGAAUGUUAUUGAUCUCAGUCAAGGCACACCUGCCCCUUAUACAGUCCCUUCUGCUGUGGUAAACCAGGGAGUGGCUCAACCAAUCAUGGGAUCUGCACCAGCUCCACCACCAGGUCUGUUUCAACGAUACCCGGGACCAUGGUACUCAACAGGUCCACCUCAAACUCCAUUGCAUCCACCAUCGGGCUUUAUUACCCCUGCAAAUCCUUCAGCACCACUACUUAGCAACCCUGUCCGUGUGUCGUCCACACCUUUCAAUCCCUCAAAUCUGCCUUCAUUGUUUGGCCCUAGACCUGUUUUGGCAGCCGGAUUCACUUCAGUUCCCCAAAAUUCUUUUUUUCCUUCAAUAUCACAGCCACAAUUUCAAGUUUUGCAGCAUCCAUUUAUGCCUCAGGCCCCUUCUCUAGGUCAUAAUGGCCCACCAAGAAAUCCUCCUAUGGCAGCUUUAAUUUCACUACCAUCUCAACCAAAUAUUUCAGCUCCACCUCCGUUUUCUGGCAACCAAACUGCACCUACAGGGCCUCCCCAGGUUGCUAGACCAGUAGUAUCCUCACUGCCUCAAUCUGCUUCCCUAGCAGCAUUCCCUGACCGCCCAUUGACCCCUUCUGGGAGCUCUAUAAGAUGGCCACUAACACCGGCGGGUACUCCAACAUCUUUAGGGCCAAGCAACAUGUCAACAUUGAUGAGUCCCCCUCAGGGACAUCAUCCUGUGGCUUCUCAACCCAUCAAUGUUUCAGGAGGCCCACCAUUAAAUAUUCCAGCCAGCAAUAUGAUUUCACCUAUAUCCAGGCCCUCCAGUUCCCAGUCAUUUGGUGCAGCUGCUAACCAUCCUAAUUUUGCUCCAGCCUUUGCUUCUGUUCCACAGCCUCAAGUGGGAUUCUCCACUCUAAUUCCAACACAAUCACCUGCACCUAUAGCAAGCCAAUCUUCUUCUAUGGUACCAGUGCAUCCGGUUGUGGAACGGGCAGCGGUGCCCAAUUUAUCCCCCAACACCGUAUUUGGAUCUGCACCAAUUCCUUCACCAGUAACAUCCAUUUCGACACCACCUUCUUCACAGUUAGGAAUACCGAGUUCUGUGUCUGGAAGUGCACCUACUUUUACUCCCUUAAAAUCCCCCUCUGUAUCCAUUCCAAAACCCCAGCAUCCUAGCUCCAGUGAUUUCACUUUUCAGCCUCAUCGGUCACAGAGUCCAGCUCAAGUGGUUCCCAGGCCAGCCAGUCAGCUUGUGCCCCAUAUUGUGCCACCCAUGAAUCAAACAAUGAAUCCACCACAGGCAGCUCUUAACUUAUCUUUUCGGCCAGCAAUGCACAAUUCAAACCCAAUACCUGAGCUGCAAGAUUUCCCCAGGCCACAGGUUAGCAAUCAGGUGAGUCGACCUCGAGCUCCAAUGUCCAUUACCUUUGCUGGAACUCUAACUGGCCCUCCAGCUCCAGUUAGAAAUCCUGGUUUUCCAAAUCCAAGUUUAGUUGUGUCUACAACUCCGGCCCCCCAAAUGAGGAACUUCAGUCCAGCUCCUCAGAUGAUCAAUUCAGCUGGGCCUUCAUAUCCUCGGCUGGGAAAUCCUGUGCCACUUCAGCAAAACUAUCUGGGCACAGCACCUCGGCCACAAUGUAUUGUGUCCCCAAAUCAACAGUUCAGAGGGAAUCUCUCCUUUCCGUAUGCCAAGCCAUCUUCUAGCCCUUCUGGAGGACAGCAAAGUUAUGAUCCAUUCUCACCCACUUCUGUGUCUGUCAAUCCUCUUCUGGGUGCUGAUCCAGCAAAGGUGAGAAAACAGGAGAGUGAUCCAGAAUAUGACGACUUGAUGGCCUCAGUUGGAGUAAAGUAAUUAUUUCUUUUUUCCAAAGAACUUCAAGAAUAGCAGCAAGGGUUUGAACAUCCCCUGGUUACAGGGGUAGGGGCACUGCAUAUCACCUAACCUACAUGUGGUUGGUGGUGGAGUAAAACAAUUCAAUAUCAGGGCAUUGCUGUUAAUAUUUGCUUCACUUCAAUGACACGGUUGGUAUGACUCAAAAUAGGAACUGAAUUUUCCUGGUGCUAGGAAAUGGCAUUACCUUUGGAUUGAAGCAUCUGAGAAGUUAAUUGAGUUCAAAUUUGUGUUCUCUACUAAUUCUUGGUUGUGUAAUUGAUAUCUAAUUGCUCACAGAGGGGGAUAGAAACAGUAAGCCUCCAAAAAUAUUUUCAGUAUCCUUUGUUCCAAAUAAUAGAGCAGCAAAAUCAUUGAUUAGUGUGUUCAACAAAUGAUCAGCAAUAAUAGAUGUGUGAGCUGAAAUGCUUCUUACUGUAUUAGUAAAUGACAUUUUACAGUAGCCAUAUUUUUG